AUGCCGAAUACGAUGGCCCGGAAGCGCAGCUUCCAGGAGAUCCUCGACGCAGACAAUUGUGAUCUUGAUAUUGACUUUGCCGAGAACCUUCCUACCACUGCGAUCUUUCUAUCUACACCCGACCCAACGGACACACUGUUGGAAACCUACAAGAAAGUGGAUAGACUAGCUGCCCUAGUCAGAGAAGGCAAGAGCCUUGCCAUUCACACAAAUCACGCAAAGCCUCCGCGCGAUGCUAUUACCGAGGUAAAGAAAACCAUGACCGUCCUCGAGACCGUCCAGUGCGAGGCCCACAUUCGUGGUGCUAUCAUGCCCACUAUUGACUGGACCCAAAGCCGGGGGCUCUACAUGAUUCUACGGGGCCCAGGAGUCGGUCGGUUCGAUGAGCAAUUACGUGCCAUCAGAGAGAUUUACCGGGACCCUCGAAUUACCCCGAGAAACGCAUCUUGGUUCAUGACUCACUUUCCAUAUGCGAUGCCUCUUGUUGAUGCAGUUGCCAAGGUUCAGGCUACGCAACAGAAAUAUGUGGAUGAUCAACGUAACCGCACCGAUAUGGGGCUGGCGGAAGUGAAUACAGCACGCGGCAUCGUUAGUGUUGCCAUAAACACCCUUGCUGAACGGCGUAUGAGCGAGGAACAACGCAAGGUGGACCGACUGGCGGCCAGAAUUCGCCUGGCCUGUGAGGUCAUCCAGGACCAUGUGGACGCCAUUCAAGCCCAGGGAGGAUAUGGAGGGGCUGAGGAGCCUGAGAUGUUGGAUGAUAUCUUUUGGAAUCUCUCUAUCCAGUAG